UUUUAGCAAAUUGGCUAGCCGCUGCGACGCCGCUGACUUGUGCUGCAUCGGGGACUUUCGACUCUUUUGACUCCCCCGGUCAAUUUUAACGGAUUAUAAACGUGGUUAAUUUAACAUUUGUAUUUAUCAUGAUAGAUGCUGACUGAACGGAUUGUUCAUUUUAGGUCGUAUCACUGAUUUUUCAACCGGUUUGGCGGGACUAGAUCGGGUUAACAGUACGACGAGCUAAAGCGGCUAUCACUGAGACACAGGCCACUUUGUUUUUCCCAGGUAGCUAACUUAGCUUAGCCAGCUACCACUGCUGUCAUGGAAGACAAAUCCUUCACUAAAGAUUUGGACCAAUGGAUCGAACAGCUAAACGAGUGUAAGCAGCUAACGGAAAACCAAGUCAGGACACUCUGCGAGAAGGCCAAGGAGAUUCUGACUAAGGAGUCCAACGUUCAGGAGGUGCGAUGCCCGGUGACGGUGUGUGGCGAUGUCCACGGUCAGUUCCAUGACCUGAUGGAGCUGUUUAAGAUCGGUGGCAAGUCUCCUGACACCAACUACCUGUUCAUGGGAGACUACGUCGACAGAGGCUACUACUCCGUGGAGACGGUCACGCUGCUUGUCACGUUAAAGGUUCGUUUCCAGGAGAGAAUCACCAUCCUGCGAGGGAACCACGAAUCGCGGCAGAUCACACAGGUCUAUGGCUUCUACGACGAGUGCCUGAGGAAGUACGGCAACGCCAACGUCUGGAAGUACUUCACAGACCUGUUCGACUACCUGCCGCUCACCGCGCUGGUCGAUGGACAGAUCUUCUGUCUCCAUGGAGGUUUGUCUCCCUCCAUAGACACUCUGGAUCACAUACGAGCCCUGGACCGCCUGCAAGAAGUCCCACAUGAGGGCCCGAUGUGUGACCUGCUGUGGUCAGACCCCGAUGAUCGUGGUGGGUGGGGGAUCUCCCCUCGAGGUGCUGGCUACACCUUUGGACAGGACAUCUCUGAAACCUUCAACCACGCCAACGGCCUCACCCUAGUGUCCCGCGCCCAUCAGCUGGUCAUGGAGGGCUACAACUGGGGCCAUGACAAGAAUGUGGUGACCAUCUUUAGUGCUCCAAACUACUGCUACCGCUGUGGAAACCAGGCAGCCAUCAUGGAACUGGACGACACUCUGAAGUACUCUUUCCUUCAGUUUGAUCCAGCCCCACGCCGUGGUGAGCCUCACGUGACCAGACGCACUCCUGACUACUUCCUGUGAAUGUCCAAAGUCACCCCUGUCAUUCACCCACGAAGCUCCACCCCCUGCACCUUCUUCCCACCCUUUCAUUUUGGAUGGAACAAAGAUAUUGAUAAUAGUGAUGAUACUGCUCCAGGGAGAA